GAUUCUACAGAGCUGCGGAGGAUAGCGGACGCCUACUACCAUUUUGAGAGCGAGUAUCUCGAUGGUUCGCGGUCUGGGUCCCUAGAAGCAGGCUCUGGCUCAGAAGGAGGAUUAGGUAGUGACAUUCACAAUUUCUCUGUUAAGGCUGGAAGACAUCUUAUUCUAGAAGAAGUGGGUUAUUAAGACUUUUUCUGGAAGUGGGUGAGUGAAUGUAUGACACAUCGACUCGUCCUGCGUGUGGGUUCCACAAAAGAAAUGUGCAUAUUAGGGACGCAUUGGGUUUGGGAUGGAAAUGCACCCUAUCGGAGUGCACGUCGUAGCUUAGCUUUUCUUGCUGACAACAAACUCUGAUCAGUAUCUCUUUUCUAACAAACUCUACCAAACUCUACACUCAUCUCUAAGUCAUGAGGAAGCAACACUGACUACCGACUGCCUUCGAAUGUUACGAGGUUGGCAAGCGGUGCAAAGUCCGCUUUUCUU